AAAAGAGAAGCUAACUUUCAAAUUCUCUCAACUCAAGAAACAGAAAACAUGGGUAGAGCUCCUUGCUGUGACAAAGCAAACGUGAAGAAAGGUCCAUGGUCGCCGGAGGAAGAUGCCAAGCUUAAGGACUAUAUAGAGGCAAACGGCACUGGUGGCAACUGGAUUGCCUUGCCUCCGAAGAUAGGGCUUAAGAGAUGUGGCAAGAGCUGUCGUCUUAGAUGGUUGAAUUAUCUUCGACCCAACAUUAAGCAUGGAGGGUUCUCAGAGGAAGAGGAUAACAUAAUCUGCAGCCUUUACAUGAGCAUUGGAAGCAGAUGGUCUAUAAUUGCAGCACAACUGCCUGGGAGAACUGACAAUGAUAUUAAGAACUACUGGAACACAAGGCUUAAAAAGAAGCUCCUGGGCAAACAGAGAAAAGAGCAACAAGCUCGGAGAGCUAGCUGCCUCACUCUUAAGCAAGAGAUGAAGAUAGAAAGUGAGAAUUAUAUGCUUUCUGGAAUGGUGAGCCAAGUCCCAUACUGGCCACAGCUACCGGCAGUCGUGCCCCUGACAGGCACAAACCAAGAUCCUCUUGAUGUUUCUUUUGCUCAAUUAGACCAACUAUAUGAGAAUUCCUCGAACAUGCUUUCAUCUGCAUCUUCCAUUAGUCCCAUAAACAGUACUUGUUCUCAAGUGACAAACAGUACCCACUUUAAUGUUAGCGAGGCUGCUGGUCCUAAUGAUAUGUUUCAAGGAUUUGAUGCUUUCCCAGCUGCGCUAAGUGAGCUGAUCUACAGCAACAAUCAACAGAUAUUGGAUGGGUUGGAGAGUUUUUAUGGAACGGACAACAUGGUCGAUGGCAGCAGUACUGUGACUAGUUCCGCAGAAAGUAGCAGCUGGGGAGAUAUAAAUUCUCUAGGCUAUCCUCAAAUUUUUUCUGGUUUUGAAGCCUCCCAACAAUGCAUGCCACAAGUUCCUACCUUUGAUGAACCAAACUACUUCGGGCCACCAUAGCAACGGCACUGUGUACAUGGGUGGUGUAAAUUUGUACCAACUGGAGUAUUAAUUUGGUGCCAGAGAAUUUCAGACAACUUCCUAAUGAAUUCAUGAAGAGAUUGUUUUGUUUUGUAAUUCCACUUUUAUAAAUUUGCCAUUUCCUUUGAUCUUCUCAA